CUACUGUUGAACUUCACCGUAAGAAUAUCGAUGAGAAAUCGCUUAUUAUGAAUAGGAAACCACGAAAUCUGACUUGAUUUAUUUAAGGUAGAAGUCAGUGACAUUGUAUUUCGGACGCUGCCGCGAAAUGCGAAAAGGUCGUUACGCGUGGAUCGUGACCAAAGGCCACUCCAGUCCUGCUUUUGUACAAAGCGUGUGAACUCUGAAGUAUGACUUCACUUUUGGUUACCACUACAUCUGAGAAACAAGUUGAUGCUGCUGUGGUCUGGGAUCCUCUUGGGGGAAAUCCGGUUGCUAGUUUGUCCGGUGAAUUAGCUUCGAAAGCAUCCAUCACCGGUUUUUUCGGAGGUGUGGCUUGCUCGACCGCCAGAAAACCUACCAUACAAAUGUGGAAUUUCCAUAGCGCUACUUCAACACAUAGAAAUAUUUUGACUAAAGGACUGGUCAGCGCCUUUGUUUUCACACCAGAUGGAAAUUAUAUCAUAAUAGCAUUUGACAAAGAAAUUUACGUGUAUCAAACUGGCAGCGGUUGCUUGAUUGGCAUUUUGGAAGGGUCGCACUCUGCUAAAAUAUGCGAGAUGAAACUAGCCAACUGGGAUUCAAAUGGACCUGCCCUAUUAGUGUCAGCGGACAUAGUUGGAUUUUUAGCUUGUUGGUCAUUGGGAAGUCUUGUUCGUGGAAUCAGUAUGGUAAGCUCACAGAGUGCUGGUGAUAAUGAGCCACAAUCUAAUACAAACAUCUCGAGUAUGAAACAUUCUCCGCUGUGGUAUGUUAUUCAAGCAAGCACUAGUCAUCCUGUAUGUACGAUUAUGGCAGACACAGUUGUUGUGGCUGGAUCACAAGGUCUAAAGAUGUACAAUUUAUAUGAUGGUUCUGUUCUUGGAUCUUUGCUAACAGAUGUUCCUGGUGGUUUGUUGAGUAUUUGUCCUUCAUCUGUUGGUGAUGGAAAACUCUUCUGUGGUGGAAAUGAUGGUUUAUUGUAUACUGCCUAUAUACAAUCACAAGGAGGUUUCUAUUCUGCUGACAAAGAGAUUCGUCGUUGUUUUUCAGAUUCUAAUUUUUCAGCUUCUCAGAAAGCAAUAAUUAUGAUGGCGAUGGAUAUGGAUUGUGAAAUGCUGGUAGUAGGUGCACGUUGUGGUUUGAUCGAAAUUUUACGACCCGAUUCUUUAAUUACUUGUAUACAACGCUUUUCAGUUCUUAAUCCCUCUAUAACAAACGAUUCCACUAACAAUUAUUUGACUGGAUUGUGUCUAAUACCUCGUCCUGAUUGGUUAUCUGAUAUUGUUGGGAUAGAAUCACUUGAUUCCGAAGUUUCAUCCAAAUCCGAUUACAGUUCUGAGAAAAGUACAGGUUCUAAUACUAACGUCCGAGCAUGUUCAAUCGAACCAUUUAAGCGUCAUUUUGGUUGGAGAUUAGACGAUACAGUGUACGCUAGAAUACCUGGACCAUCAGAGAGGUCAGAUGUAUCACUAGAAGAAGCAAAUCUUUUUAUGGAUGACUUCUUUACCAGCAAUACAAAGCAUGCUAAACAUGAUGGAUUAGGAAGUGAGGAGCUCCAGAUUUUGAGAAAAGAAAUUGAUCGAGUUACAGCUUCCAAUCGUGAACUUCUUCGAAGACUUAUCAAUUUUGAAUUAAGAACAUGUGAAUAGUUCUUUUUUUUUAAAAAGUGUGUACUAAAUACACAUUCUUUGAACAACAAAAUAUCGUCGUUUUCGCCGGUGGUAUUUUGACCAAGUUGUUUCUGUGACUUAUUCCAGCAUAGUUUUUCGAUACGUCAUAAAGUACCACAACUACAUAUAAAUUAAGUUUGUCCAUUCACUGUAUGAUUGAUUAACGUGAUCAUUGAUCGUAAUAACUACGUUUACCUUUUUACAUUAAUGUCGUUAAUACAUGUACCAAUGGUGAAUUCUUAAAUCUACAUUCAUGUUUAAGCCUCAACGGCUUAGGAUGUCGAAAAAGAUAGUGAAAGCUUUCCAAUGAAUAUAUACAACUCAAAGACAGCAACUACAUCAAUAUAGCCAUUUAAGCAAUAAAUGUUGUUCACCAAUUCUGAAUUAUCAGUUAGAUUAUAG